AUGGCAGCGCUUAACCCCCUAUACGCCCUCCUCGCACUUGCACACGCGCGCUUCUCUGUGGCCUUCAGCACCGAGGCGGCUGCGAUGCGUCUGUGCACUCGGCCGACGUACUACUCUGCCACCGCCAACGGCGUGAAUGGUGGCUCGCACAGCGCACAGCGCCAGACGGAAGCGCACGCGCGGGAGAAACUCGAGCGUGGGACGGCGCGGUUUGUGUUAGGCGCGAUGACGAACGCACUCGCGAACGUGUGUAUCCCGCUAUAUGCGGAUGUCGAGGGGAGGCUUAUGUUGGCGUCGGAGAAGGCUCAGGUUGGAGCUGGGGAUGGCUCGGAGACGUUGAAGGCGUUGAUGGGCGGGUUGAAGCGGGCGUUGUUGCCGUAUGCGAGGCGGAUCGUGUUGGACAAGGCGGAGAGCGUCCAUGGUGGGGAUCGGGAUGGUAUGGGGAAAGGGGCAAAGAGCUUGGCGGCUUUUGCGCAGAUAGGCGAUGAGCCAUCGAGGUUCUGGACCCGCUUCAUUCUCUCCGCGACGCCUAUCGAAGACGGCGGAGAAGCCAUUACACGCGCACAGAAGCUGCAAUUGCUCGAAUCGCUAUACAAGACUCUUAAAGUGAUGUCGUGGGCCUGGCCGCGCCUGCUCGAGGAGCCCACGGCACUCCGCGUCAAGGCCGGGAUGGAGAUGCUCAGGCUCGAGCAGACGUUUGACGAGAUUUACGGUCUCGCCCCCGUCGAAGGGAGCAUUGUACCCAUACCCACUGGCGUCGACUACAGGAGCAGCCAAAGUCAAGACGGCUUAUUGACGAACCUAGCCGGGAGUCGGUUCAAGAGCCCUGCUACGAGCGCAAGCACCAGCACAGGCUCGACAUCUUCGUCGUCAUCAGAUUCGGCGGGGUGCAGUAGCGGAGGAUCUGCCCUGUUUGACCUUCCCGACAUCGAGGCUGUCGUGCGUUCGACGGGGGUUCUCUGCGGGGAGACGAAUGCGACCCGCUCGUCGCCCGGUUUACGAAGUGAUGUCACUGAUAUGACGAGCGGUAUUGUCAUUGCAGGAGCGGAUGAUAUCGGUAUCAUGCAUGGUCCUGAUCUGCCGUGGGUUCCUGCUGGUUCCACGGAAGACGGCUUUGCGCCAGCCAUGGAGCUGCCAUCGUAUCCGGACCAGACGUUUUCAAUGUUCUCUUGCUUUUUGCCUGGGACGUAUCAAGGCUGGCAGGGGUUCUAG